AUGGCUGCGCCGCCCGAUUUGAAAGUGCUCUGCCGUAGGUUGGCAUCAACGCCCGUUGAUGACCUCCCGCGCCUCUGUCCGCUGCUCGUCAACCAUGUGCUUCGCUGCGGCGGACCAUUGUCUGCGCCACAGGAUGCGAAUAAGGCCAAGGACAAGUCGUCAGAGACGCCAAUGCUAGUGCAUAAGCUCAGGACACACAUCACAACCCUCCUGAAUGGAAAGAGUCCCGCGGGCCGGUUCGCUGCUGUGUGUCUAAUUAAGGCUGUCAUCGACGUGGGGGGAUGGGAGAGCUUGCGGGCAUCGGACCCUUGGCUUAGGGGCCUGAUCGGAGUGCUGCAGAAAUCCGACCCCCUAGCCUCCAAAGAGCUAUGCAUCGUCACUUUGACUAAGAUCUACGUGCUGCUCCAGGGAUACCAGACCCUGAUUAGGGAAAUGGUCACUCCGACACUCCCGAGCUACGUGACGGCCUGCCUCCAGCUCAUCAAGGCCCCCGCCUCGGGCAAACCCCCAAAGGUGCCGACCUCCUUCAUCGACACUGUCGCCUGCUCUCUGUCCAAGCUUGUGGUGCUCUACCCGACCACCUUGCGGCCGUCCGCCCCCCAAAUGAAGACCGCUCUCCGGACCUACAUCGCCCCGACUUCGUCUGAUGAUGUUGUUGUACCUCGGAGCUUGAGGGAGAGCUCUCGUCGGCUGUUUAUCUUGUUGUCAUAUACUGCGCCCAAAAAUGGCAGCAGCGAAGAAUGGGCGGCGGGUAUUCGGUCAACCAUCGUCGACUCCCAUGGCACAGUUGACCAGAUCUUCCGUGCUGUGGUCGAAUCUUGGGAGUCGGCUACCGGGUAUAGGAACCAGGCCGUUCGCUCCGGCCCUGAACCCUCGGGAGGGAGUGAUACAGGCGAGGAACUUCCAUCAUGGAUUGGUGUGCAGGCUGGCGCCGAGAGACUAAUCGGUCAACUCGAGUUCCUCGCCGAGUACUUCAACAACCCCACCAAGGCCCCCAUCACCGACUCUGUCGAGACCAACCCCGCCAUCGGCAGGGACGAGAAGGCCGAGCUGUGGAGCGUCCUGCCCGAUAUCCACAUCGCCGUCUUGCGCUUACACCACGCCCUCAUCCGCCGUCUGCGCGAAAACGCCGUCCCCCUCGCCACCGACAUUCUCGACCAAAUGGUCCGCGUCUCCACCGCGAGCCGGCACAUCCCCGCCAUGCGCGAGACCGCCUACACGCUUACCAGCCAACUCCUCCUCCUCUCGGGCCUGACCCUCCCCAAACUCACCGUCGACUCUAUCACGCCACUAAUCCAAUCCGCCUGCCACGACAUCCUCCUCUCAACAGGCCACCUCGACCCCACCCCCCCUACUACUACUACUACCAACACCACCACCACAAAACAACCCCAACAAAAACCCAACCCCAACUCCACCACCUCCACCCUCACCAACGCCGACGCCUACCUCACCACCCCCCCAUCCACCACCUCCCAAACCCAGCACCAACCCCCGCACCUCACCGCAAGCACCACCCUCCUCCCACACCUCCUCUCCCACCUCCCGCAAUCCGCCCUCGCCCCCGACAUCCGCGGGCUCCUCGACCGCACGGCCAUCCUCUCGCACAGCCGCGACGCCAUGCUGGCCAGCUGCCUGCACCCGUACCGCGACAGCCGCGGGCGGUAUUAUGCGAGCAUCCUGCCGUUUUUGGUGAGGCGGUUUCCGGGGGAUCAGGCGGUGGAGGUGGUGAGGAGUAAUUUGGUUAGGGGUGGUGGUGGUGGUGGGAGGGGGGUGGAUGGGGGGGUGGGGGAGUGGGAUCGGGAUGUGCAUGGGGGGUUGGCUGGGGAUGGGGAGAUCGGAGUGGAAGGGAAGGAGGAGGAGGAGGAGGAGGAGGUUGGGGGUGGUGUGGGGGAGGGGGAGGAAGGGAGUAAAACGGAGAAGGCGACGGGGAAGGUGGCGGGCGGUUGGGGGGUGGAUGCUAUGGACGUUGAUGAGAACGCGUCGGGUUCGGCGGUGGCGGAGAGUGUCAACCCCUUUGCGGUGGUCACUAGCACUGCGGAAAAGACACAGGCGGUGCCGGUGCGACCGGCGUCACCGCUAAAGCGCAAGAGCGAGCUGUUUGAGGUCGAGGUGGGCAAGCCGCCGAAGCGGGUUGACACGGGGAAGGCGGCAGCCGCGCAGGUGGCUGUUAUGCCCAAGGCUAAGCCGGUCGAUGAGAAAGAGGAAAGCGGAGAUGAGAGUGAUAGUGAGGGGAGCGUUCAGAUUGAUAUGACGCUGGACGAUGACGAGGAAGAAGAAGAGGAGUGAGGGAUGGGGUUAGACUUGGGCAUUGUGCAGUCGGGUAUAUAUCUGAGCAAUUCUUGCUGUUCGUAUGUAGUUUACAAAUUUGAGGCAGCCUCCAAAAUGGUUGCCUGUCUAUCCCCGAUAUCAUGAUCUCUUCUCGAGACUGACUUGCUCCGAGGCGUUGCAUGUCCAUCUGCCGCCAUCUUAAACCAUCACGCCAAACUCUCCAACGCCUAUACCACUGCCGUAGCCGUCGCCAUUGCCGUUGCCUGUCUGCUCAUUGCGCCCAGCCCAGCCAUGUCCGUGAAAAUGCCUACAAGAAGGAAAA